AUGGAGGGAGCACCUCCAGUCACAGGGAACCGCUCAGACGUCCAGAGGGAGCAAAGAUCAGCCACUCCAGCGUUCGGGAAGAUAAACAGUGACAGGAAAACAAUGAUGAGGGUCUGCAGUCUGCAAAAUCUGAUAACAUGUCUGCUGUUAAAUUCAGCGUUCACUUUUUCAACAACACAAUGUCAAGAUUCGCCAACAACAGAACUGACAUCAUCAUCUACUUUCAGUUCGACUAAUGAAUCUCUGAUAACUCCAUUAUCCACUACAAAUGCAUCCAGUCAGACCAGCAGCAGUCAACCAAUUGUCCCCACCAGGGUUACAGAAACCACCACAUCAGGUUCUACUGAGAAGACCACCAUAAAUGUUUCUGCAUCUUCUUCACCAUCGCCACCGUCCACGUCUAUCACAGCUACAACAGGAAUUCAGACUACGUGGAAUACAACCUUCACAGACAUGACGGUUCAGCCGAAUGACACCACCCAAACAUCCAAUACAUCCACUGACUUCACCACUAAUGCCAUUCCCAUCACCAACACCACUGAUCUACCAACAAUUACUGAGAACAACAUCACCAGCAAGGUCACCACAACUGGUUCCACAUCCAGUACCAAAGCUUCACAACCAGCAAGCUCAACAGGUGCUCCAACCACCAUGUCCUAUGCUACUUCACCCGCCAGUCCCACAUCGACCAGAGCCCCCACCAGCGGUACCACACCUGAAGAGAAAGAACAGACUUCAAAGCCAUUUAGCUCAGGAAGAGUUGCAUUCAUCGUGUGUAUGUUCCUCCUGUUGGUCCUCCUGGUGCUGGGAGGAUUUUACUAUUACAAAUUUAGACGGACAUCAUACGGCCCCCUAGAUGACAGCAAUGACCAUGGCAGUUUUGCAAACUUCACCAACCCGAUGUACGACCCUUGAUGUGUUGGAUCUCUGAUCUCAGAAGAGUUAAAAGUUCUACAGACUGAGCCGUUCUGCACAGAGAGUUUCAGCAGUUUGUGACGGAGGACGUCAGUGAAGUCAGAAUAUACAUGUAUCGGUUAUGAAACCUGUCUUGAACACUGGCUAAGUGGAUGUUUUUGGUGUUUUUUUUGUUUGUUAAGAACUAUUUUCUUAAUGUUUUCCUCACCGUAAAAACUGACUAUGCACUGAAAGUCAAACUAACAAUUGUGACCUCCAUAUGUAGAACACACUGACUGCAAGACGGUGGCUAAUAAGGAAGCAGGUGUUUCAAUACUAAAUGAAGUUUUUUUUUUUUAUAUAACUAUAGUCAGAUUUCUUUCGAUACCUUAGUCUUCAUGGUAUUUUUAGGGUCACUUUAAGUAAAACUGUGGGAUAAUACUUUUGCACUUGAAAAUGUAAAUGGGCUCUUUAGAAAGAUUAAAAGCCCAGAAAGUAGAAUUAGUUUAAAUAAAUGUCAAAAGUUUUAAGGAAGGAUUUUUAUUCAAAGUCUAUGAAACUUUAUCUUUUACAAUAAAUUGCAUUUAUUUAUCCAUAUGGAAGCUUAGGAAAUAAAUAAUGGUGAAUAUGUUUUUUUUAAAGAUAAAAGUUUUUCUAAUAUAACAUUAUAUCCAAUAAUGUGACUUAAAAACUCAUAAAUCAAUUAAUUGUUUUCUUCUGUUUCACCUGAUUCCAGUUCUACUUCUGUGUUUUUGUUUCACUUUGCUUUUGAAGCCAGGACACAGUUUGGAUUGUAAUUUUACCUCAGGUUGCUGUGUGUUUAAUAUCUGAGAAAAAAAAAUCUGUUUUGAUUGUGUGAUGCUUUUCCAUCGGUGAAUUUAAAUUGUGAUUAAAAAACUAUGUGAGGUAUUGAUGAUGACAAUUUUGGGGAAAUCAUUUUUAGCUUUAUGUGGUCACUUAGUUGUGAGUUUUUCACUGUACUGUAGAUUGUGUGCUUGGUGGAAAAAAAGCUGCUAUUUAAGUGUUAAUUCGGAAAUUUAACCACCAGCUAGCUAGCACAAGCUAGGGGGCAAAUUAACCGGCUAGUAAGCUUGUAGCUAGCUCACUAGCUAACAAAGAGGCCAAAUAGCUAGAUAUGUCUGAAAAAGCUACUUUACAAUCUUUAAGUUAACAUUAAGAAUUUAACUUCGAACUACUUUUCACAAACAGAAAGAUCCUAACAAUCAAGCUAGUUUAAAGACUAAGCUAGCUAGUUAGCUGCCUUUUCAAGUAGUUUGUGUUUAUCUAGUUAGCUAGCAUGUAAGAGGUAGGUCGGUAUUUGUAGAAAAAAAAGUUUCAUUAACAUUAUUAUAAAAAAUAAAAUCCACAUUAAUCCAG